AUGGCUGCUCCUACUGGCGAUAUCGGUCUCAUCGGUCUGGCCGUUAUGGGUCAAAACCUGAUCCUCAACAUGAACGACAAGGGCUUCAAUGUCGUUGCCUUCAACCGAACAGUUGAGAAGGUCGACCGCUUCCUAGCCAACGAGGCAAAGGGUACCAACGUGCAAGGUGCACACUCGCUCGAGGAGCUCGUUUCCAAGCUCAAGAAGCCUCGCAAGAUUGUCCUCCUUGUCCAGGCCGGCCCCGCCGUCGACGCCUUCAUCUCCAAGCUCGAGCCUCUCCUCGAGCAGGGCGACAUCAUCAUCGACGGUGGUAACUCACAUUACCCUGACUCCAUCCGCCGCACGAAGGAGCUCGAGGCCAAGGGUCUCCUUUUCAUCGGUUCCGGUGUCUCUGGUGGUGAGGAGGGUGCCCGCCACGGUCCCUCACUCAUGCCCGGUGGUUCCCCCGCCGCAUGGCCCGCCAUCAAGGAGAUCUUCCAAAAGACCGCCGCGCAGGUCGACGGCGAGCCAUGCUGUGACUGGGUCGGUGAGACUGGUGCCGGCCACUACGUCAAGAUGGUCCACAACGGUAUCGAAUAUGGUGACAUGCAGCUGAUCGCUGAGGCUUACGAUAUCCUCAAACGCGGUCUUGGUGUCAGCGAGGACGAGAUCGCCGACAUCUUCAACAAGUGGAACAAGGGCGUUCUCGACUCCUUCCUCAUCGAGAUCACCGCCAACAUCCUUAAGUUCAAGGACGACGACGGUGAGCCCCUCGUGAACAAGAUCCUCGACAAGGCUGGCCAGAAGGGUACCGGAAAGUGGACCGCAAUCAACGCUCUCGACGCUGGCAUGCCCGUCACCCUCAUCGGUGAGGCCGUUUUCGCCCGUUGCUUGUCGGCCAUCAAGGACGAGCGUAUCCGUGCCUCCAAGGUUAUCGCCGGUCCUCAGAAGGAGCCAUUCCGUGGUGACAAGCAGCAGUUCAUCGAUGACCUCGAGCAGGCUCUUUACGCCUCCAAGAUCAUCUCCUACACCCAGGGCUUCAUGCUCAUGCGUGAGACUGCUCGUGACCUCAAGUGGAACCUGAACUACGCUGGUAUUGCUCAGAUGUGGCGUGGUGGCUGUAUCAUCAAGUCCGUCUUCCUCGGCGACAUCACUUCCGCCUACCACAAGAAGCCCGAACUCGAGUCCCUCCUCUUCGACGACUUCUUCAACAAGGCCGUUCACAAGGCUCAGCCCGGCUGGAGGCGUGUGAUCGCUCAGGCCGUCCUCUGGGGUAUCCCCACGCCCGCCUUCUCCACCGCUCUUGCCUUCUUCGACGGCUACAGGUCCGAGGUCGUUCCUGCCAACAUCCUCCAGGCCCAGCGUGAUUACUUCGGUGCUCACACCUUCCGUGUGCUUCCCGGCAAGGAGAACGAGAAGCUCAAGACUGGCGAGGACAUCCAUAUCAACUGGACCGGUCGUGGCGGUAACGUCUCUGCGUCGACUUACGUCGCCUAG